CUGGCAGAGCAGCGCCGCCGCCGUCGGGCGCGCAGCUCUGCAGCACCGCUAUUGCCUCGGUCCCCGCAGCCCCGGUAUCCCGGUGUUCCCGCAUUGUCCCCAUCGCCGAGAUCCGGGACGAGCGUCGCGGGUCAAUGGCUGUGUUCCAGAUGUUAACAUUAUCAGAAGCCUGACCUCCACAUGGUUUCCAUUUGAUGGAUUUGUUCCCAUCCUUGAAAGUGAAGGUAUUUUUAAAAAGUUACAUCAGCUUUGCAACAAGACUGGUGGAAGGCAUGUGCUUUGAACCUUGAGAGAAUCAGUUAAUGGAUAUUGUAAUAGGUAUAACCACUGUGGACUGAGGCCACCUUUCUAGAUCCGAAAACCAGGAGAAGGAGGAGGAGGAGGAGGAGGAGGAGGGUUGGGACCAUGGGGUGUGACACUCUGAAUCCUAGCCUGUCAUCUAGGAGGUGAGCAGCCCCUGCGCAUGGCACGCGUGGAGAUCUUGAGAAGCCUCUUCUGUUUGGGACAGGUUUUUGGCGCAUUCUCAUAGACCCAGAUGAGACCUUGAUAGCCAUCCCGAGGGGCAGGUGCUGAUACAUUUCCCAGCCCCAGCCACUGUUCAUCCUGACACCAUUUCCAAUCUCAGGAUCUAAAUGCCACAGUGCUCCUGGGGCACGUUGGGCUGGGAACCACUGUUGCCUUGUAAGACCGAAAAACCAUGGGAAACGCAGAAAGUCAAAAUGUAGAGCAUGAGUUUUAUGGAGAAAAGCAUGCCAGCCUGGGGCGCAAGCACACGUCGCGCUCGCUGCGCCUGUCGCACAAGGCGCGGCGGACGAGGCACGCUUCCUCGGGGAAGGUGAUCCACCGGAACUCCGAAGUGAGCACCCGAUCCAGCAGCACCCCCAGCAUCCCCCAGUCCCUGGCCGAAAAUGGUCUGGAGCCCUUCUCCCAGGAAGGCACCCUGGAGGACUUCGGGGGCCCCAUUUGGGUGGACCGAGUGGAUAUGGGCUUAAGACCCGUGUCGUACACCGAUUCCUCUGUCACUCCCAGCGUAGACAGCAGCAUCGUCCUCACAGCAGCCUCUGUGCAAAGCAUGCCAGACUCGGAGGAGAGCAGGCUUUACGGAGAUGACGCUACAUAUUUGGCUGAGGGAGGCAGGAGACAGCAUCCCUAUACAUCCAACGGGCCCACGUUCAUGGAGACGGCGAGCUUUAAGAAGAAACGCUCCAAAUCUGCAGACAUCUGGCGGGAGGACAGCCUGGAAUUCUCACUCUCUGAUCUGAGCCAAGAACAUUUAACAAGCAACGAAGAAAUCUUGGGUUCCGCGGAAGAGAAAGACUGCGAGGAGCCUCGGGGGAUGGAAACCCGGGCGAGUCCCGGGCAGCUCAGUGCCUGUCCGCGUGCCAAUUCCCUGAGUGACUUGUACGCUCAGAAAAACUCUGAAGUGAUGGCAAAUGGGGGGCCGAGGAGCAAAUUUGCAGGCUACUGUCGGAAUUUGGUGUCUGAUAUUCCCGAUCUUGCAAACCAUAAGAUGUCACCAGCUGCUGCUGAAGAGGCACUUCCCUACAGUAAUUAUAACACACUUCCCUGUAGGAAAUCUCACUGUCUCUCUGAAGGUGCCACCAACCCACAAAUUAGCCAUAGCAACAGCAUGCAAGGCAGAAGAGCAAAAACAACUCAGGAUGUUAAUGCGGGCGAAGGCAGUGAGUUUGCGGACAGCGGGAUCGAAGGGGCCACCACCGACACGGACCUCCUGUCCAGGCGAUCCAAUGCCACCAACUCCAGCUACUCGCCCCCCACCGGGCGCGCCUUCGUGGGCAGCGACAGCGGCAGCAGCUCCACCGGCGAUGCGGCGCGCCAGGGGGUGUACGAGAACUUCCGACGGGAGCUGGAGAUGAGCACCACCAACAGCGAGAGCCUGGAGGAGGCCGGCUCGGCGCACAGCGACGAGCAGAGCAGCGGCACCCUGAGCUCCCCGGGCCAGUCGGACCUCCUGCUGACGGCCGCGCAGGGCACGGUGCGCAAGGCGGGCGCCCUGGCCGUCAAGAACUUCCUGGUGCACAAGAAGAACAAGAAGGUGGAGUCGGCCACCCGGAGGAAGUGGAAGCACUACUGGGUGUCUUUGAAAGGGUGCACGCUCUUUUUCUACGAGAGCGACGGCAGGUCUGGAAUAGACCACAACAGCGUCCCCAAGCACGCUGUCUGGGUGGAGAACAGCAUCGUGCAGGCCGUGCCUGAGCACCCCAAGAAGGACUUCGUCUUCUGCCUCAGCAACUCCCUGGGCGAUGCCUUCCUCUUUCAGACCACCAGCCAGACGGAGCUAGAAAACUGGAUCACCGCCAUCCAUUCAGCCUGUGCAGCUGCGGUCGCCAGGCAUCACCACAAAGAGGACACUCUCCGGCUCCUGAAGUCAGAAAUCAAAAAACUGGAACAAAAGAUCGACAUGGAUGAGAAGAUGAAGAAAAUGGGUGAAAUGCAGCUGUCUUCCGUCACUGAUUCCAAGAAGAAGAAAACUAUCUUAGAUCAGGUAAUCGUUCUUCUGUGUUUAGACUGGGGCAAAAACGAACAGGUGAGCGGUCCUGACACGUCUCUUGUUGAUGUUCUGCCUUGCUGUCCUCAGGUGGCAGCUCGCACUGGUGAAACUGGAGUCAGGCGGCGUACUCAGGCCAUGUCCAGGUCCACAAGCAAACGGAGGAGCAGGUUUUCUUCCCUUUGGGGUCUGGACACUACCUCCAAAAAGAAACAGGGACGCCCCAGCAUCAAUCAGGUGUUUGGUGAGGGAACUGACGCUGUAAAGAAAUCUUUAGAGGGAAUAUUUGAUGACACUGUUCCAGAUGGCAAGAGGGAGAAAGAGAUGGUCUUACCUAGCGUCCACCAGCACAACCCUGACUGUGACAUUUGGGUCCAUGAGUAUUUCACACCAUCCUGGUUCUGUCUGCCAAAUAAUCAGCCAGCCUUGACAGUCGUCCGGCCGGGAGACACUGCCAGGGACACCCUGGAGCUGAUUUGCAAGACACAUCAACUGGAUCAUUCCGCUCAUUACCUGCGUCUGAAAUUUCUAAUAGGAAGCAAAAUGCACCACUACGUUCCCCAGCCCGAGGAAGACAUUUACGAGCUGCUGUACAAAGAAAUUGAAAUUUGCCCAAAAGUCACUCAGAGCAUCCAGAUUGAGAAGUCAGACACAGCCAGUGAUAAUUACGGGUUUUCAGUUUCUUCUGUGGAAGAAGAUGGUAUUCGAAGGCUCUACGUGAAUAGUGUGAAAGAAACGGGCUUAGCUUCCAAGAAAGGGCACAGCCUCAGCAGUGAGCAGGGCAGCAGUGCCGAGACCGCCCCCGAGGAGGCUGAAGGGCCAGACCUGGAAUCCUCCGAUGAGACUGAUCACAGCAGCAAGAGUACGGAACAGGUGGCCGCAUUCUGCCGCAGCCUACAUGAGAUGAACCCCAGUGACCAGAGCCCGUCUCCUCAGGACUGUGCCGGGCCUCAGCUGGCCACCAUGAGACAGCUGACAGACGCCGAUAAGCUGCGCAAGGUGAUCUGUGAGCUCCUGGAGACGGAACGCACCUACGUGAAGGACUUAAACUGUCUCAUGGAGAGAUACCUAAAACCUCUUCAGAAGGAAACUUUUCUCACCCAGGAUGAGCUUGAUGUGCUUUUUGGAAAUUUAACCGAAAUGGUAGAGUUUCAAGUAGAAUUCCUUAAAACUCUAGAAGAUGGGGUGAGACUGGUACCAGAUUUAGAGAAGCUUGAGAAAGUCGAUCAAUUUAAAAAAGUGCUGUUCUCUCUGGGGGGCUCCUUCCUGUAUUACGCUGACCGCUUCAAGCUGUACAGUGCCUUCUGCGCCAGCCACACAAAGGUCCCCAAGGUCCUGGUGAAAGCCAAGACAGACGCGGCUUUUAAGGCGUUCCUAGAUGCCCAGAACCCGAAGCAGCAGCAUUCGUCCACACUCGAGUCUUACCUCAUCAAGCCCAUCCAGAGGAUCCUCAAGUACCCGCUUCUGCUAAAGGAGCUUUUCGCUCUGACGGACGCGGACAGCGAGGAGCACUACCACCUUGAUGUGGCCAUCAAAACUAUGAACAAGGUUGCAAGUCAUAUCAAUGAAAUGCAGAAAAUCCAUGAAGAAUUUGGGGCUGUGUUUGACCAGCUGAUCGCUGAACAGACUGGUGAGAAAAAAGAGGUUGCAGAUUUGAGCAUGGGGGACCUGCUUUUGCACACCACAGUGAUAUGGCCAAACCCACCAGCCUCGCUAGGGAAGUGGAAAAAGGAACCAGAACUGGCAGCCUUUGUCUUCAAAACUGCUGUGGUCCUUGUGUAUAAAGACGGUUCCAAACAGAAGAAAAAACUUGUAGGAUCUCACAGGCUUUCAAUUUAUGAGGAGUGGGACCCCUUCCGAUUUCGGCACAUGAUCCCCACCGAAGCUCUGCAGGUUCGAGCUUUAGCAAGUGCAGAUGCAGAAGCGAAUACUGUGUGUGAAAUUGUCCACGUAAAAUCGGAGUCAGAAGGGAGGCCAGAGAGGGUCUUCCAUCUGUGCUGCAGCUCCCCAGAGAGCCGAAAGGAUUUCCUGAAGGCUGUGCAUUCAAUCCUUCGUGAUAAGCACAGAAGACAGCUCCUAAAAACCGAAAGCCUUCCCUCGUCCCAGCAAUAUGUCCCUUUUGGAGGCAAAAGAUUGUGUGCGCUGAAAGGGGCGAGGCCGGCCAUGAGCAGGGCAGUGUCCGCCCCAAGCAAGUCUCUGGGGAGAAGGAGGCGGCGACUGGCUCGAAACAGGUUUACCAUUGAUUCUGAUGCCAUCUCCGCCAGCAGCCCGGAGAAAGAGUCCCAGCAGCCCCCCGGUGGUGGGGACACUGACCGAUGGGUAGAGGAACAGUUUGAUCUUGCUCAGUAUGAGGAGCAAGAUGACAUCAAGGAGACAGACAUCCUCAGUGACGAUGAUGAGUUCUGUGAGUCCGUGAAGGGCGCCGACGUGGACAGAGACCUGCAGGAGCGGCUUCAGGCUGCCUCCAUCAGUCAGCGAGAAAGAGGCCGGAAAACCCUGAAUAGUCACGCGUCCCGCAUGACGCAGCUCAAGAAGCAAGCUGCUCUGUCGGGCAUCAAUGGAGGCCUGGAGAACAUGAGCGAGGAAGUCAUUUGGGUUAGGCGUGAAGACUUUGCCCCCUCCAGGAAACUGAACACCGAGAUCUGACUGUGUCGCUUCCCCCUUAGAGAGCGUGUGUAGAUACGUUUCCCUGCCCUGCCCUCACUCUGCCCGCCCCUGUACCCUCGAGGAGGAGAACGUCCCCUUAGGUCGCACUCUUGCACACAGUUUUGGCAGCUGACUUUGCUCUGAAGCCAUUGUAGUCACCCAACAUCAUCAUUUUAACAACAUCAGAAAGAAUUGUUCAGAAUUUCAAAUAAGCUUGAGUCCUAGCUUCUGUAUAUUACUAAGGGCUUUUAUUUAUUCUCAGUUAAUCAGGGCCCAAAUAGUUUUUUUAAAAAAGGAUUCUAUAGCACUGGAAAGCAGGUUACCCCAGAGUUUAAGCAUGUACAACAGAUUAGUUUAAGAGAUAGCCCAAAAAGUAAUAGUAAUAAAGAUCGCUCUAUCUGAAAUCAAUCCAGAGCCACCUCCUAGUUGGGGAAACAACUUCAAACACAAAACAAAGCAACUGUACAGCUUGCAGUGUUCUUCCCCUUCCCUCUUAAAUGUCUGAGAAUAUCUGUGUAUUUUAAGGAUGUGUGAGUCGAGGGUAGAGAUUUAUGUUCUGAUGAGCCUUUUUUUUCUCUUCUGUUUUGGUCUAUGGCUGGUCUUACUCGAUGUCAGUGUUUGGAAGUUCUAGUUUUGCAUAGAAUUAUAAAGAUGCCAAACUCUUUGAAAAGAGAUCCAAAUUUAUCACUUGAAAAAAAACACAAAAAUGCUAUUUUUUGUAUUUUACCUGAGAUGCAAGGGCACAAACAGAUGAGAAUUUUACAGUGUUAGUGUAACUCUGAGUCUAAAAAAAUGAGGAUUUUACCUUUUACAGAGAGAGUCAGGCACGGUGGUUUUAUAUUUAUAUAUGAAAAGCCAACAAGAUGCUCAUGCUUAGGGGAAACUUUUUUCCAAGAAGCAGGUUUUUUUUUUUUCCGUAAUGUUUGAACCUCUAUUUGAGAUGGAAGCUUGGUUGAAUUAAACAUGACACCCGAAGGGGCAGUAUGUGUGUCUGUUGCACGUGGAUGAGGAGGGGAGACUCCUCAUGGGGUUGCCAUGGUGAUCAUUGGUUUUCCCAUCAAAGUUGCAUCUUCAUUCAUAGAUUACCUACCCCUUCCCUGACAGUCCAUAACCAAACCUCUUAACAAAACAACCUCUUCAAAAAUAUGUCUUGUGUUUAACACUUUCUUCAUGCCAACAAAACAGGGUAAACAUGCUAAAAAGCUAACGUUCUAAACAGAUUUCCGAAUAGGGAGAACAAAAACAAGUUAAAGCACUUUCAAAUUUUUUUUUUAAAGGUUUAUAGCUUUUUUUUUUUUUCCUUUUUUCCCAUUUCACAAUGUCCACUUCCUAAGAAGGGUUUAAAUAAUAUGAAAACUUUCUUUUUGGGGAAAAAUAUCUAUUUGGUGUUUGACACAUCAGUAGGUACUAUAAAGACCUGAAUUUUAUAGUAGCUUUAGGAAUUAUAUUUUAUAAAAAUUAGUUAUGACUUUAUAUUUCCAGACAAUAGAGAGUUCAGAACAUCAUGCUCUGCGUCCCUGCUUGCCUGACCUGCUGCCCCCCCUUCUGUCCCUUCCCUUUCGGGUUUCCAGGGCUUCGAGCUUGAUCUUUUGAAAGUUUUAUUCUAUUAAAUUUUUGCUAUAUCUUCUGAUUUUCUUAAAAAAAGCUUUAGAAUGGUUUCUAUACCCUUUGUAUCACUGCAUUGUUCCAUAUCAUCUCCAGUUCGAUUGUGUCCGGGUGGAAAAACAGAAGCCGAGGCUUCUUUUCAUCACAUUGACUAGUCCCAGUGCUGCGGGUCCGUCUGAAAAUGCUGGAAAGUCUGGUGCUUGCAGAGGGUGCCAUUGUCUCUUGUACAUAAGGUCACGACGUGUCUAUGUCAAAAGUUCUUAUAUAUUUCUUUUAUAAGCUGAAAGAAGGUCUAUUUUUAUGUUUUUAGGUCUAUGAAUGGAACGUUGUAAAUGCCUGUCAAACAAUAAAAAUAUUGAAAAGUA